GACAUUAAUUGAUUGCAGAUUUGUUAUUGAAAAGUAUAAUUAUUAUUGAUAACAUAUUCUACCACAAUAUCCUCCUAGUUUCAUUCAAAUUAUGAAAUGUUUCAAAAUGGAGGUUAAUAAAAUAGUGUGAAAACUGAAAAAAUUGCUCAUAAUCUUGCGAUUAAAAAUUCCAUAUAUUUUUGAGUGAAUUACAUUUAUUUGAAACAGAGACUGUUUCAUUCCAUAUUGACAAUUGUUCAUUUCUCCAAUAAUUCGAAAUGACUCCACAUAGAAGACCUCGAGACUAUAGGAGACCACCUAUCAGUAAUUUCACUUACAUCAGUUCAUGUGUGAAAUACCUUAUCUUUGUUUUGAAUUUCAUUUUCUGGUUAUUUGGAGGACUAUUAAUCGGUAUUGGAUCAUUUGCAUUUAUAGAAAAAUGGCAAAUUACUGGAUGGGUCAAAAUAGAUACAGUUUACGAUGUAAUACUAAAUAUUUCCCUAGUGAUGAUUAUCAUGGGAGCAAUUGUAUUCGUAGUGAGUUUUGCUGGAUGUGUAGGUGCACUUCGUGAGAAUACAUGUCUGCUGAAAUUUUAUUCUCUGUGUCUUUUAAUAUUCUUUCUUCUGGAGAUGGGUGUUGCAAUUGUGGGCUUUGUAUUUCCACAUUCUAUGCAGUCUAUGUUAGAAGAGAAUUUCACAGAUAAGAUUAUUCAUACAUAUAGGGACGAUUUAGACUUACAAAACUUUAUUGAUUUUGCUCAACAGGAGUUUCAAUGUUGUGGAUUGAGUACAGAAGGUUAUAUGGAUUGGUCAAAAAAUGAAUAUUUUAACUGUUCUUCGCCUAGUGUGGAACAUUGUGGUGUUCCAUUUUCUUGUUGUAUUAAUGCAACUGAUAUAAGUUCAGGGUUGGUGAAUAUUAUGUGUGGUUAUGGAGUACAAAAUCUGCCUGUUGCCGAGGCAAACAAAAAGGUGUGGACUUCAGGUUGCAUUGAAAUUGUUCGCGUUUGGGCAGAACGCAACUUGUACACCAUCGCUGGUAUUGCUUUGGGUGUUGCUCUUUCCCAGUUACUUGUGAUAUAUCUAGCUAAAACUUUGGAAAGCCAAAUCGAACUGCAGAAAUCUAGAUGGAUAUUCAGUUGAAGAGUGCAAUUUUUUGACUGAAUUGACUCUCAUCAUGCAUUUCUAGUAUAUGAAGAUGGCCCUUUCAGUCAUUACUAGUACCUCAAGCAUUCAUAUAUAUUUGAGUUAUUUAUUUGUUAAACCAUGACAUUAUCUCGAAUACCUUAAGAGAUCUUGAGAACAUUGUGUGAAAUGUAAAUUUGUACUCAUAUACAUGUAAUUCUCUAAGAGAGUUUACCUACCAAAGUUAUUCUAGAGUUAGAAGUAUUCAUUAUCUCUAUAUAAGAGAAGAAAAAUGUCCAUUUGUCUGUGUAAAUGUUGAGCUAUUGGGCACAUGUGUAUGUCUGCUUUCAGUAAUUUUUUUUAUACAUUUGGAGAAAAUAUUCAUUCUUCACCUCAUUUGUUUCAAUUAUCUUGAAAUUUUUUUCAUAUGCUCAAAAGGAAUUAAUUCUUUUUGAUCAGAAAAUCAUAAUCUGAUCUAUUUAUUAUUUCAUAUUGACAAUCAUCACUGCUAUAAAUGACCCGUCCAUUCAAAAAUUUCACUCAACAAGUGAGCUUAAAAAUUUAAUACUCCAUUAGUUUAGAAGCUUGAAGAAAUUUUUGAAAAUUGAAUUAGUUUUCCUCAUAAAAACAAAUCUACAUUAGUAGUAAUAUUUUGUGACAUACUCUUCCUUCAAAAUUCUUAUAAACCUAUAUGGGUGGUGAUUGGAUUUAGUAUUUUCACAGGUGAAGAAAUAUCUUUUUAGGGACAAUAAAAUUUUAUCAGAAAUACAUUAAGCUCAACAUAUUUCUUUGUCAUCUCAUUAUUCUGUUUGUACGUAGAUUUUCAUGGAAUACUAACUUGUAAGAUUCAUUUAUUUUAUGUAUGGAAAUGUAUAAUAUAGUCUCAAUCGAAAUAUCACAAAAAAUAAGUAUAGUAUUUAGAUAAUCAAAAUUUCUAUUUUAAUAUAUGUUGAUAUCUAAUUGUUGACUGAAAUUUCAAGAAUUCUCAUUUAUAUUUAGAUAAACAAUAUAUUAUAAUCUAUAA